AUGGCGAGUGCCAUAAAACUAGGGUGUGCAGCCAUUGUUCUGAUGUUUAUAUCAAACUUGCAACAGUGUGUUAUAGGGGCUCCACAGGUGCCUUGCUAUUUCAUUUUUGGGGAUUCUUUGGCCGAUGAUGGCAAUAACAACGCCCUUCCAGCAUUGGCAAAAGCAAAUUACCCACCAUAUGGGAUUGACUUUCCCAAGGGACCGACAGGAAGAUUCACCAAUGGUGAAACCGUAUUUGACAUAAUCACCAAACUUCUGGGUUUUGAUAAUUAUAUUCCACCCUUUGCCAUUGCGGGGGCCUCUGACUUCCUGAAAGGUCUUAAUUAUGCAUCUGGCGCAGCUGGAAUUCUCAGUGAAACUGGGAGAACUCAGGGUGCGCGUAUCAGUUUAUAUGAACAGAUAGUAAAUCAUGAAUUAACUGUCAAACGUAUCAGUGCCAAACUUGGAAGUGUAGAUUCAGCUACUCGAUACCUAAACAAAUGCCUAUAUACUGUUGGAAUUGGUAACAACGAUUACUUAAACAACUAUUUCUUGCCCCAAUAUUACGGCACCAGCCGCCUGUAUAACCCGAGCCAAUAUGCACGAGUUCUUGUUCGUGAAUACGCUAAACAAUUAAGGAUUUUACUCGACAACGGAGCAACAAAGAUUGCGUUGUUUGGACUGGGAAGCAUUGGUUGUAUCCCGUAUGCAACUACUUCGUUUCCAGUAAAUAGCAAUACUGGAUGUGUAGAGAACUUUAACCAUGCGGCGCAGCUGUUCAACGACAAUCUCAAGUCACUGGUUGAUGAACUCAAUACCAAUUCCACUGAUGCAAAAUUUAUUUAUGUAAACGUUUCCGGGAUCACACCGAAUGUGUCAGGUUUUACAGUCUUCAACAGUGGUUGCUGCCAAGUGAUAAAUACUACUGGUUUAUGCAUUCCCUUUAGAACUCCAUGCAAAAAUAGAAGUGAGUAUGUGUUCUGGGACUCAUUCCAUCCUACUCAGGCUUGGAAUCAAAAGAUUGCACCUCGAACAUACAAUGCUUCUGAACCGUCUGAUGCUUAUCCAUACGAUAUAAGUCAUCUGGUUCAGUCAUGA